CGGGCCCCCUUGCUCGCCGCCGCCCGUUCUGCUUAGGGAAUGCGGUUCCGGGAGGGCCCGGAGGUGGGCGGGUUAGUCUCAGGCCGGGAGGAUGCGGGGGGCGGGGCGGGCAGAACAGCUUCCUGAGGUCCGAGUGCUUGGACGAGUGGCUCCUUUUACACUGAUGCUUUGACUGAAGUGUCACGUGUCUGCGGCGGGAAGUGCUGCGGCUGAAGCUCCUAGAGUUGGAGACCUAGAUUGCUUCCGCCUUUCGUCACUCUGUCUGCAAACAGUAGACACCAAUUGGCUGCCAGGUAUGGUGAAUGAAUGAAUAUUUACUAAGACUACCUUGUUCCGAGCGCUUGGCUAAAGCCUUGGAGAAAUAUGCCAGAGCGAAUCCGUGCCCUCGAGUAGCUUACCCUCCAACUGAAGUCUGCUAAGGCACUUGUUAAAUCGUUAGGGUCGUGCCCGACUCUUCGUGAUACCCAUGUGGAGUUUUCUUGUCAGAGGCACGGGAGUGGUGCGCCAUUUCCUUCUCAGCUCAUCUUCCAGAUGAGGAAACCGAGGCAAACAGGAGCAGGGGCCUUGCCCAGGAGAAGGGAAACAGAUCCCGGAAGUUAAUUAGGUUCUGCUUUUGUUUUAUUUUUCUUUUAAUUAGGCAACCAGGAAAGAACCUGGAAGUAGGGAGAUACAGAGGAUUAAAUAAAGAUUAUUCCGGGAACGGUCUGCUGAAGGAACGAGAGAAUGGGGCACGCAUGUGUAUGAAGAGGUUGCCUUAGGUUGCAAUCCCCAUCCCUAAACAACCGUUUAAGGGCUUAUGGAAAGUAUUAAUUGGGUGGCAGGAACCCAGUUCCUUUCCUCGAGGAGUUUAAACUCUAUCGAUGGAAUAUAAUGGGUGCAGAAGUAAAUAAAAAUAAGAUGAGGAGGGGGAGAACACUAAUAAAAAAGGGAUCAAUAAGGGUAUUACAUAGGAGGUGACCUAUGAGGUGAGCUAGGGAAACUGAGGGGGAAAGGGAGUGCCUUGUAGGAAUGGGAGAGAGCUUCUGAAAAGGCACGGGGACAGGGCAUGGAAUUCAAAGUUCAAGGAAGAAUAUGAGAAAGGUAGUAAUAUACAGUAAGCCAGGCAAACUGGUGCCUUUUGUGAGGAGUUUUCAAUGUAAGUCGUUUGUAGUGUAUCAUAGCAAUGGAAGCCACUGAAGAAUGUAAACUCCUAAAGGGUAUGGACUGUUUUUUGUUCUAGGGUUUUUGUUGAGGUUUUUUAGCCUGUAUCUGUAGGAGCUAGCUCUGUGCUUUUCGUAUAGUGGGUGCUUAAUAAACAUUUGUAGAAUUGAGUUCUAGUUUUGUUUAAUAAAGAAAAUUCAUCAUAUGUCCAUUUGUAAUGCUGACUCUCUCUUCCAUAGAGUGUAAGAUGUAAAAGCUAGGUUCUCUUCUCUGAUCCCAUCUUCUCUCUGCUCACAGCAGUUCUGUAUUGAGUUAAUAGGUAUCAAGCCUGGAGCAUCAGAGAAGGAGUCCUGGAUUGAGAAGACAAAUAUCUCAGCCCCAGAGUGAAGGUCCCAGAUUAAAGUGAUCUUGCCUCUAGUUCCCCAUGUGCUGGAGAGCAGGAAAUCAUCCCAGGGGAGACACAACUGGCCUGAACCUUUGGUCAGAGUUUGAAGAAAGAAAAUUCCUAGAAGACUCAUAUUGAAUCAGUUUCUGUUAUCCUGCCUGAGUAUACAGGAUUGAAGUGGCAUCAGAUUAUCCAGAAACGAGUGAGCACUGUAACCAUAGAAAAUCUGACCCAAAUGUUUCAGGAGAGGUGAGAAUUACAGAAUGGGAAGAUGAUGUGAUUUCCUAAUAAGAAGGUUGUGCCUUGAAUCAUUUAAUGGGACCUUUUCCUUUAAAGUUAAGGAUUAAUUCUGAGAGUAUAUGUAUGUAUAUGUGUGAUGGCAAAGGCCUAUGUCUCUGUCAGUAUCUGAGCAGAAAUCCAAAUCCACAUAUCUGGAUACUGGUUUAAAUUUGUGCAUCUAUAUUGGUGGCAGGGCAGAGGUCUAGGCCUAUGUGUAUUACCUCUUUCCAACAUAAAGUUGAUGUAAAAAAUGUUUAAGUGGUAUCACACCAAACUCUUCUGUGAGGAGCUCCAAUUUGAUCACAAUUUGAGAACCACAAGAAAAGAAGAGCUUCGUUGUUUUUUUUCCCUCUUCCACAGCUCAACCUCCUUGGAAUCAGCAUUCCCUGAGCAGAUCACUGAAUAGAAAGUAAUGUACUCUGGCUGCAUAACAAUGAGAUCCCAGGAAUCAUUGACAUUCAAGGAUGUGGCUGUGUACUUUACCCAGGAGGAGUGGGGGCAACUAGACCCUGGUCAGAAAUAUCUAUACAGAGAUGUAAUGCUAGAGAAUUAUAGGAAUCUGGUUUCAUUAGGGUAUCAUAUUUCCAAGCCAGAUGUGAUUUCCCAUUUGGAACAAGGAGAAGAGCCUUGGAUGGUAGGGAGAGAAAUCCUAAGAGGUAAUUCUCCAGGUGGGAUGAUCAGGCAUGAAAUUAACACUUCUGAAGAGGAAUUAUCCCAAGUGACAGUGGAAAGAUUUCCAAAAAAUGUUAUCUGGUACUCUGAAUUAAGAGAUACCUGGAAACAUGUUGACCCGUUUGGAGAUCAAAUGAUAGUUCCUCAGGAGAAAAUUAUCACAGGAAAAACAGCCCCUAAGUGUAAUGAAAUUAGUCUGAAUUCAGUCCUUGUUACAGAACAGAAAGUUUCUGUAAGAGAGAAAUCCCAAGGAUGUGAUGAUCUAUAUGGAAGAACUUUUCAAUUUAGUUCACACCUAAUUAGACAUCAGAAAAUUUGUGUAUGGAAAAAACCUUACGAAUGUCAUGAAUGUGGAAAAGCUUUUAGUAAGGGUGCACUUCUAAGGCAGCAUCAGAGAGUUCAUACUGGAGAGAAACCCUAUAAAUGUAAUGAAUGUGGAAAAGCUUUCACCCUGCGUGGGAGCCUUACUGGACAUAAGAGCAUUCACACUGGAGAGAAACCCUAUGAAUGUAAUGAAUGUGGGAAAGCCUUCAGAUUGCAUGCACAUCUUACUCAACAUAUGAGAAUUCAUACUGGAGAGAAACCAUAUGAAUGCAGUGAAUGUGGGAAAGCCUUCAGAUUGCAUGGACACCUUACUAAACACCUCAAUAUUCAUCCUGGAGAAAAACCCUAUGAAUGCAAUGAAUGUGGAAAAGCUUUCAGUAAAGGUGCACUCCUUAAACAACAUCAGAGAGUCCAUACAGCAGAAAGACCUUAUAAAUGUGAUGAUUGUGGAAAAACUUUCAGCAUGAGUGCCCUCCUUAAGCAACAUCAAGGAGUCCAUACUGGGGAGAAACCCUAUGAAUGUAGUGAAUGUGGGAAAGCCUUCAGACUUCGUGGAAGCCUUACUCAACAUAAAAGCAUUCAUACUGGAGAGAAACCCUAUGAAUGUAAUGAAUGUGGAAAAGCUUUCAGUACAGGUGCAAUCCUUAAGCAACAUCAGAGAAUCCAUACUGGAGAGAAGCCCUACAAAUGUGAUGAAUGUGGGAAAGCCUUCAGUCGAAGUUCAAGUCUCACAGAACACAAGAGAAUUCAUACUGGAGAAAAACCCUAUGAAUGUAAUGAAUGUGGGAAAGCCUUCAGACUGCAUGGACACCUUACUAAACACCAGAGCAUUCAUCCUGGGGAGAAACCUUAUGAAUGUAAUGAAUGUGGGAAAGCCUUCAGACUUUGUGGAAAACUUACUCAACAUAAGAGAAUUCAUACUGGAGAAAAACCAUAUAAAUGUACUGAUUGCGGAAAAGCAUUUGGGGAUGGUGCACUUCUUAUGCGACAUCAGAGAGUUCAUACUGGAGAGAAACCCUAUAAAUGUAAUGAAUGUGGAAAAGCCUUUAGUCGUCGGGCAAACCUUACUCAACAUAAAAGAGUCCAUACUGGAGAAAAACCCUAUGAAUGUCAAGAAUGUGGGGAAACUUUCAGUCAGAGUAAACAAUUAAAACGACAUCAGACACUUCAUACUGGAGAGAAGCCCUACAAAUGUAAUGAAUGUGGGAAAACCUUCCGUCAGAGUAGACAGUGUACUCAACAUCAGAGAAUUCAUACUGGAGAAAGACCCUACACAUGCAGUGAGUGUGGAAAGACCUUCAGACUACAUACACAACUUACUGAACACAAAAGUAUUCAUACUGGUGAGAAAGCUUACGAAUGUAAUGAAUGUGGGAAAGCCUUCAGACUGCAUGCAAACCUCUCUCGGCAUCAAAGAAUACAUACAGGAGAGAAACCCUAUAAAUGUAAUCAGUGUGGAAAUGCUUUUAGGCAUAGUUCAACUCUAGUCAGACAUCAGCGACUUCAUAGUGGAGAGUAAUUAUGGGAUUUUAGUGAAUGGAAAACUGCUGUUAUAUUUAUUCCAUACUCAAAUAUUUUUGGUCAUUAAGUCAAAAUUUCUCACUAAUUGAUUUUGUCAUGUCUUAGAGAAAAAUAUGCUUCCUCUCCUUCUAUAUUUCUUUCUGCUCUACUAUCCACCUCAGUGCCUACAAGGGAUUUCACAUCAAUUUUCCUCAAAGUAUAUCACUUUAUAAUCGAUAUGGCUUAUAAUUAAUUCAGCUAACAUCAGUUUCCUUAUAAUAUGAAUAAGAUUUUAUGUUGUAUAGAUUCUUUAAAAUUACUCAGUUUUACAGUUUUCAACACCUACUGAAAUUUUUGCAUGAUUUCUGGUAUUACCACACUAAUAGGCAUGAAUAACAAAUUUAGUUAGGCAGUUGAUAAUUAGCUUUAAUUUGCUUUAAGUGAGUUAACCAUUUUUUUUUUAAGAAGGUAAAUAAAUGUGAGAUGGGAUAUGUGCUUGUCAAGGGUUCUAGAUUUAAAAUGUCAAGGAACCUUAGAAGCCAUAUUGUCCAGUUCCUUUUUACUAAUGAGAAAACCAGUCCAUGUUGUUUGAUAUUCCAAAGUCACACAGAUAGUGCUAGGAUUUGAACCUGGAUGUCUUGGUUGAGAAGAUUGAAUGGAGUUAGCUUCCUCCAUCACUUUUCUCUAGGCCCUAAAAGAACAUAGAAACAUCAUAGAAAUAGAAAAAGAAAAAAAAAAAGGGGGAG